AUGCAACUCUUGAGGGCACUAGGAUUCUUCCACAUAAACAUGCUCUUACUUAGUGCCACUCUGGGGACAGGGAAUUUUGUGACUCCUAAAGAAGUAUUAAAAUACUCCUCACUGAACAUUCCUGUCUUCUUAAGUAUUUUGGCAGGCUGUGGCUUGCUGACCAUAAUGAAUUCUCUUUGUCUUGCAGAGAUGGCAACCAUCUACCCUGUGAGUGGAGCACCUUAUUAUUUUCUCAAAACAACUCUUAGAUCAUCAGUUGCUUUUCUCAGUGUCUGGAUUAAACUUUCUCAUUUUCUAGCCAUUGGUGCUCAGUGCUUGCUAUUAGCUAGUUCUCUAAUCCAGUGUUUCUAUUCUGGAUGCCCAGCUCCAGAGCUAGCAACAAAAUGUCUGGCUUUGGCUAUUUUGUGGUCAAUUAGAAUUCUCAGUGCUCAAGGGAUGAAAACAGUGGCUUGGUUUAAUACUACCAGCAGUUUUAUGAAGUUGAGUAUUCUUUGCCUCAUUUCUUUAACUGGGAUUGUGCUGUUAGUGAUUGGCAAAAAGGAGAAUGUGUCCAGAUUUGAGAAUGCUUUGGAUGCUGAUGUUCUUAAUGUCUCACAGAUUGCAGAUGGAAUUCUCCAAGGAUUCAGUUGGUGUCACAUGGAUGAAUGGAGUCUUUCCUUCCAUACAAUGGAUAAUUUCUUUGUUGAUCUCAGCUUUCUACUUGGUUCCAUUUCUUGUGGAAUAGUUGCAGCAUCGAGAAUAUUCUACUCUGCAAGUCAAGAGGGACAAUUUCCUUUUAUCUACUCAGUGCUUAAUGACCAUCACAUUCCAGUUGUGGCUGUGAACCAGAUUAUUAUUUUAUCUUCUGCUGCAGUAAUAUUUUCAAGCACGAUCUAUUUUGUGAAAUAUGUUAGUCUAGGAGUAUCGGGAACAAAUUUGCUGCUGCUGAUUGCAUUGUUUAAGCUAAGGUACCAGAACCCUGAUCUACCAAGACGUUAUAAGUUAGUCAGUUUCUCACUGGCUCAUCCCAGACUGGCUCAGAGCACAGGGACAGGUGCAGCACCUGGGAACAACUGGGUGGCGACAGGAGAGACACAGGUAGAGGCAGCAUCGGAGGCAACGGAGAUGAUUGCCCCUCCCUGCUUACACUCUAUCCCCUUGGCCCAAACCCCAUACCCAGCCAGGCCAGAGAUCUUCAUGGAAAGCCUUUUGGCACCAGGACCCACAUGGGGCUCAAACAGCAACACAGCUGCAGAAACUGAUAUCACUAGAAGCCGGAAAGCCUGUACUUUAGAGGCAGAUGCCGUAAAAGUCAAGCUCUCUUUGAGUGGCGCGGUUCCACGCUUUGCGGCCGCGCAAGGCGGGAAAGUGCGACGGGCGGUUGGAGGCCUCGCCCCGCCCCUUGCUCACGCCCUGCUCCCGCACUUGGAGCCGUGA